AUGAGCUCCAACCAACAAGGAAAUCAGACCCAGGAGGAUUACCUCGACAAAGGUCUUGAUGCCGCUGAGAAGAAGUUCGGCCAGGGCAAGGUUGAUCCCACCAAAAUGAGGGACACCAACGAGAAGAUCACCGAUACUGCUCGUAGCCUUUUCGAGAAGGCCACAGGGAAGCACAUCCCAGAGAAGUUUUCCAAUUAA